AUGAACGAUCACCCAGAUUUGCCGGCAGGCGGUAUCGACUGCGCUGUCGGGAAAGACACUGGAGCCUCUCCAUUGCGUGGAGCCACUGCCUGGGUCAACGUAAGCGCUUCGGCGGCGGUGACAGCCAAGGCCACCGGGCAUGAGGGCGAGCCUGAUCGCUUUGUGGCACAGCAACGGGGGAGCCUUCCAGGAUGUGACGCAGGGGGAUCCCGGGCCGUAGCGGUCGAGGCCUUGCAUCAUCAUCAUCAUCCCUGCACCGAGAAGCUGGGGAGUCGAGGCCACGGCAGCGAUGACGGUCGCGGCUCUCACUGCAGGGUAGGGAAAGGGCGGACAGCAGGCGACCACGAAGUGCGGGUCACGCCAGAACCCCUUGCUCGUGCAGCAGCAGACGAGGCGUACAAGGGCGUUCGACGUGACGGUCAGCGGAGCUUUUCGGCGUAUGCCCACGUUGCAAAUCAGCCAACCACGGUUGGGUCCUGCACGUCUUCUGAGGAAGCUGCUCGUGCCUAUGACCAGCACAUCGUACAAAUGCGUGGUGACGAGAUGGCGUUCGAGCACGGCCUAAACUUUCCGGACGAUGUACCCCAGCAGUGCGAAGUGAUCGUCAACGCAUCGUCGGAUCUCACAGGAAGGGCACUUUCCAGCGAUCCGAUUGCUACUGUCCCUUCCGGACUCGGUCCUCUUCUUGGCACAGCACGCAAGUACCAGGGGCGAGGUAACCUCGCGACCUACAGAGAGGCACUUGGAAGGCUCUACAUGGAAGCUGAGACCGCCAUCCACGGCAGCGUUCAGAGCCGUACUAACGCGCGGGCUGCUGGAGACCUGAGACCUGCAACAACCAAGCGCAACAGCAGUGCCGAUGACCCCGUUGGCUUCCACGAGGCCUCGAAACGUCGGCGCUACGCACACAUGUGCGUUCCAAACUCGUCGGAUGCCGACGCGGGCGCCCAAACCUGCGGGCCUCCAGCACUGGGGGGUCACAGAAAACUCGAAACGCUGUCGGCCGAGGAUCGUCGGGCGCUGAUUCGAGUCCUGGAUGUCCUUGACAGAGAAGGACGGAGGGACCACAGCUCUGUUCUACGUGGGGGGAGCUCUGUUCUACGUCACGGGACGGUUACAGGCCUGGCUGCUGCACUCACCGGCGAACUGGAAACACAGACAGAUGGCUGUGCGACUGCGAACAGCGCCGACGGCGGGCCAGCUUUGCCUGCUUUGAUAGGCAAACGCUGCGGUCAAGAAACCCUUGAGGAGACCUGUCCACACCCGUCACCAGGUUCACAGCAAGCGCAGGCAGCAGAUGCCUUGCUGGCUGCUAUGGGCCUAUUGCCUUCGGGUCACGAUGCCCAAGGGCAUUGGGGCUUGAGUGAAAGGAGAUUCAAAGGAGUGCGACAACACAGCGACACUCGUUUCACGGCUUACAUGUAUGACGGCGGCAGACAGCAGAUUAUCGGCAAUUUCAAGACUGCGGCAGCAGCCGCGCGCGCGUACGAUAAGCAGCUGAUUGAGGCGAAAGGGCUCGAAGAGGCUCUGCGUCGGGGCAUCAACUUCCCCGAGGUUUUCGUUGGGUACGUCGAAGAAAUUCUGCAGCGAACUGCUCACGGGGUUGUUGCGGGGAACGCAAAAGCCAGGUCUCGACCUGAGGCCGGAUGUCGCAUUCUAGACGAGGCCAGCAAAACUCUCACCGGGCCGCAACGCAGCGCGGCGACCGUGGCUGCAACUCAGGUGCUGUUGGAUGUGGGUGGGGCUCUUUGCGGACGUCUGGAUAUCGAUUCCUCGGACGUUCCCCGGGGUCCGAACGUCCGUCGUAAACGUCCAAGCUGCGAUGAUGUCAGCCACGGUCCUGUACCGAGGGUUUCGAGUGCGGGAAUUGCAUCGCAAGGCACUAACAUCAUUACAAGGAGAGAUCACGACGUGACCUACGUGGCGCAGGUCGCAGCAGCAGCAGGGCCGCGCGGAGAAUCGCAGGCAGGGGGCGUUGAAGGCGCAGCAGGACACAUCCUUGUGGACGGCAUGCCAAGAGAGCAUCAGGUUUCCAUCUUGGCUUCCGGCCAUCGCUACCACGUCGAGACAAACGCAUCUUUCGAGGAAGCUUCGCUGGCGCAGCGGACAACGGGGCAUAGUCUGCGGCAGCUGAUAGGCGACCCCCGCGCCAUCACAGGGCAGUCAACAAUGGCACAGCCGUUCACUGAUGCGUUGGGCGGCGCAAGGUUGAUGUUCGCUGUUCACGACCCUGCCGGCCACGACGUGCGCCACAGCCCAGCGAUCUUGCCGUUGGUGCAGCAUGGGGCGCAGCUCACCUGGCAGCAUCUGCCGCCCACUCCACGCCCUGAGCCUUGA